AUGAUACCAAAAGCGAACCCAAUCCCCCUGUUUGCCGUCGCGACCCUCGCCUUCGCUAGCACAGGGACUUCCCAAACGAUCGAAUUGAUCUCCAAUGGGAUUGGUGGUCCAUCGAACGGCGGGUCUAUCUAUCCUGAGAUCACCGCCAGCGGGACAUACGUCGCCUACCAUAGUGCCGCCUCAAAUUUGGUUCCAGGCGACAACAACGGCGCACCCGACUGCUUCGUCUAUCGCCGUGAGACGGGCGAGACGAUUCGAGUGAGCGUCGCCACGAGUGGAGCGGAAGUCCCCCAUGGAGGUUUGGAACCGGUCAUCUCAUUCGACAACCGCUGGGUCACCUUCUACUCCUUCUCCACGGGACUCGUCCCUGGGGAUGUUCCCGGGACAUCGGACUGCUUCCUGCACCACAUUCCAACCGGAGUUACGACGCGCAUGAGCGAGGCUUUCGGCGGUGGCAAUGCCAACGGCGGGUCGCGCUAUCCCGUGAUCUCAUAUUCUGGCCACUACGUGGCCUUCGAGUCGAGUUACAUCCGCUUCAAAUACGGCUCCCAGAGAAGAUUCCCCGUGGAAGAUUACCUGGAUCUCUUUGACCUGUCAGCCCACAACAUCCACGCACCCAGCGGUGGAAACCCCCCCACGGAGCGGCCCCUGCAGCUCCUAACAGGUGAGGCCAGUGCAUCCACCAUGUGGGACAACCAGGUGUGGAGGUAUCUCCAUGGCGACGGGGAGGAGACAGAGCCCCCCUUCCUAGUCCAGGACUUCAUCCACACGGCCCAGCCGGGGGCCAAGGUCAUCAUCAUGCUCCGAGACCCCGCAGAGAGGUUGUACUCGGACUACUUGUACUUCAACGCGGCCAACAAGUCAGCGGAGGACUUCCAUCAGAAGGUGGUCAGAUCUGUCAAGCUCUUCCAGUCCUGCCUUCUGGGGAGGUCUCUCCGAUUCUGUGUGUACAGCACCAGCCUGGCCAACUCACUUCAGGUGAGGCUCAACCUGGGCCUCUAUAUCGUCUUCUUGCUGGACUGGUUGAGCGUCUUCCCCAGGGAGCAGAUCCUGGUUCUGCGCCUGGAGGACUACGCUACAGACCUUGAAGGCACGCUGGACGAAGUCUUCUCUUUUCUGGAAGCAGGUCCUUUACCCAAAGAAGCGAAGGCGGCGCUGGUCCAAAGGCCGUCGUCCAACACCCGGCGAGCGGCCGACAAGAACCUGGGCCCCAUGCUGCCGUGCACCAGGAGGCUCCUGGGGGACUUUCACCAGCCCUUCAACCACAAGCUGGCCUCUGUACUCCAGGACCAGGUUUUCCUUUGGAGUGACUCUUGACUUCCUUCUUGGAAAGACACUCAAGUCAGGUUUGCAUUCUGCUAUUUAUUUCUUUGGAGAGAGGUUGCGUAUUUUUUUUAUUAUUAUUCAAAAGUCCAACAAAAUAAUACACACUAAUACAAUAAUAGUACAAUUCCAGCAACAUUCAGAAUAGCAAUAAACAUAGCAAUUGAGGACACACAAACAUGACACAAAACAAUACAAAAGUACCGUAUUUUUCUGAGUAUAAGUCGCUCCGGAGUAUAAGUCGCACCAGCCGAAAAUGCAUAAUAAAGAAGGAAAAAACAUAUAUAAGUCGCACUGGAGUAUAAGUCGCAUUUUUUGGGGAAAUGUAUUUGAUAAAAGCCAACAGCAAGAAUAGACAUUUGAAAGGCAAUUUAAAAUAAAUAAAGAAUAGUGAACAACAGGCUG